GUCAACCUGCGACGUGCAACUCGUCUCUGCUCGCGACUUACGCCUGAUUAUAUCCGAGUCGACGCACUUGACGACCUACACUGUUACUUAUACCCACAAACGUACUCUCUGUAUACCAAUGGAAAUGUCUGAACCCAACGUUAACGCCUCAACGAACAGUCAUCUGGAACGUCCUGAAGACAGGGAUGGUCUAGUACAUCGCAGUAGUGGUCCGCUAGUCUAAGUUACUGGGCGUGCUAAGGAAUUCAUAGAGCUCCAUGAGCAAGUUCAAGUAAAGCCCACUUCUUCGUCACUCGUCAGUGUUUGAUUAUGACGCAAUGUUAGACUUCCGUGAAUCUCUUGGACACUUUGGAAAGCUUUCUGUCAACGUUUCAGAAAGACCUUUCGGCUGUCUCUGGGCAGAUUUCCGAACUUCAGGAUCGAAGUAAAGACAUCGAGAACCGGCUGAAGAGUCGAAGAAAAAUAGAGAAGCCUUUGUCUCAUUUACUUGUCGAUCUAUGCAUCCCACCACCGCUGGCCACUCUUAUACUCGAUACCAGCGUGGGCGAACCAUGGAUCGAGGCCAUUGGAGAGUUCGAGAUGAAGCUCAUCGCUCUGAAGGCACGCGCCCGAGUCAAGGCAGCCAGGGAUAUGAUAGACGUAGCUGAAGGGCUACGCAUAGUCGCAGCAACCAAACUACGAGGAUUCUUUUUGAACAUGUUACAGCCAAUACGGACCAGUAUGACCACCAACAUGCAGGUGGUUCAAACUUCCAUAUGGCUUAAAUAUCGUUCGUUGUAUGCGUUCCUGCAGCGACAUGCGCCUACUGUGGCAAGUGAAGUCCAGAGGGCGUACGUUGGGGCUGCUCGUACGUAUUUCGAAACAGGUUUCCGAAGAUAUAUACGAAGUCUUGGCUGGGUCAAGGCGAGAAUGGUGGAGAAACCUGAUACUAUUGUCACGGGGGCUGGUGAGACUACGGAACCAAGCACGAACGUAGAACGACUAUCCUAUGCUCGAAUUGACGGGCCUGGUGUCACUCUGGCAUAUAUGGUGGACGAUAAGACUUAUAAAGAGCCCAUCGAGGCCUUAUUCCGUUCUCUAAUGUUAGUCCUCAUGGACAACGCAACUGCAGAAUACACAUUUAUCACGUCUUUCUUUGCUACGGAGCAACUGCCUCUCCCUCAUCGCAAGGAAACCAGCGGAAACUCAUUGUUAUCACCCCCUUCGUUGCUAUCUCCUACAUCAGCAGACUUUGACGAUAUUCGCUCAAAUCCAGCGUCGGAUUACGCACCAUCCUCCCCUAGACGGAGGCUGAGUAGCUUCAAUAGCGCCGUGAAUAUGGCCUUGGCUUCUCCGGAAACUACGCUGAAAGAGGAGCAAUCGACACUGAACGGGAUUUGGAAGCAAGUUAUGGAUCCAGUCCUGGAGUACUGCAAGACCUUUAUCAACUCUGCACUGGAUCCGGCACCUCCCGUCAUCCCUCUCUUGACCAUGAUUCGUCUGAUCGAGGAUGUCAUGGCUGAAGUACAGAAACGCAACUGCAGUCCUAUGGAAUCAUAUAUCUUCACCAUUCGACUGCAAAUGUGGCCCGUCUUCCAGAAGGCUAUGGCAGAUAAUAUUGACGCGCUGAAGAAUUAUGCCGAGGGAGCAGGUUCCAGCUUCUUCCGCAGAGGAGCGGUUACCACGGACUCGGGCGUAGCCAGUAUCUGUCAACGCUAUGUGGUCUUAUUCAACUCGUUCGUUGCUCUCACCACGUCUUCCGAAGAGACCAUGAUAUUUUCGAAUCUACUACGUCUUCGGCAAGAGUUGUCCAAAUUGAUAACUUCUCACACAGACAAAAUAGGAGAUGUCGUUGCAAAGGCCACUGCUCAAGCGACAUUAUAUGAUAGGUUGCUUCAGGGGUUGAGCAGAGGACCAAGUCCUGCCAGUCAUCCCAAAGCCCAAAGCGAGAUUGCAUAUUGGAGAGAACGGGAGGAAGAAGCCCGCAGACGGAUUGCAAUCGCGAGUAGACAGAGAUAAUGUAUUCCGAGUGUGGGUAGAGUGGGCAAAUUAAUAUCGAAGGAAUACAGUGUGAAAUAAGUGUCCUC